UGCAUCAUUGUUUAGGGUUGUUACACCUAAUGCUGACAUAAGUGAACAGUCCCCGUAUGCAUGAACCACUCCAUGAGGCGGUGUUUGCACUAACACAGCCCGGGGUUAGUGCUCUGCAGGCCCGGGACAGCACGGCUCUCCGUCGGAGGCUCCGGGCUAAAGGCUAAAAGCGGCUCAGAGGCUGUAAUCCCCGCAUGAAACCAUCAUGGCUGCCACUCGCUGAGCUGUCAAGAAAAAGAAAUCUGAAAAACUUACAACAUGGAUUCGAUGGACAUUUGUGCAGCUACCUCCAGGGGAGAUAAUAAACGGCGUGUCAACAAGAGGAAUAGAGAUUGGCACAAACGGCUCCACCUCAGGAACACUGCCGUUCAGCCCUCGACUAUGCAAAGAGCAGAUAAGCACGGACCAAAGAAGAUAGCAGAGGAGUGGGAGCAGAGCGCAGUGUGGCCUUCGUCGGGGAAGCCCCCCAAGGAAGCAAAGCACGGGACAAAUGACAGCGGCAAUACACUCAGGUUUGCAUGUUCCCAAUGUAGUGACAAUUUGGAAUAUGUUCCCAAAGACUUGGUGAGACACUUUGAGGAGAACCACAAGGGGAGCCCACCAGUUUUCUCCUGUCGCACGUGUACUUUCAGUACGCACGAGUUAUCUUACCUUCGGGUUCAUCUGCUAAGCCACGAGGACACUUUUUCCAGUUGCAGCGUUUGUCACGACGACGUUCAGCGCACGUGGCCAGAAUUCAGUGCACACCUGAACGCUCACCACUGCCGAAAUGGCAAAUAUUCAUGCAAAAUGUGUCCGAAAUUCUCCACAUGCGAUGUCGAAGUAUUUUUAGAGCACACGUAUGGACAUAAUUUGAGCUUGGAGGGAGCUCAGGAUCCGUCGCCGCACACAAAGGGGAGGAAUAAGUUUGGGCCUAAAGCAACAACUCAGACGUUACGAUGUCAGCACUGUGGAUACGAGGCGUCUCAGAAAUGGUUGAUCGCUAAGCACGUUAAAGCUGUCCAUGUUUGCCAGAAUGGCAAUCAGAGGAGGAGGAAGAGGAAGAAGGAGGAGGAGGUUCGUUCCUUAGCGAUGAAACCAAAUGACCCGAUACCAAAAGUGAAGCCCAGGUUAACGAGAAGUGCCGUGAGGGAGAUGUGCUGGCUAACACAGGACUGCCUUUCUCUGCCAGGGAAAGAGUUCCUGGAUAAGUACUGCCAUCUGUCAGAUCCGCAAACAACACUAGAGGAGACCCAACAGUUUUUGAUGAAAUCUGUUGCCGGGGAAACCGGCGACCAGAAAUGGACCAAGGCCCUGAAGACCGUCUUGUCAAAUGUCCCCCAAGAUAUGAACGUUCACCCGAAGUCGGAGAACGGCGUCGUGUCGAACCCGUCGGACCUCACCGUCCUGACGGUCAAGAACAAGAUAACCAUGGCUCAGAAUGGCGCCAUGUAUGGCAAAAGGUUGAAAGUGAUGGCAGACAGGGAAGCUGUUACCCUUGAAAGUGCCACCGACUGCCCCCGUCGUUUCGUCGGCCAAAAUGGAUGUCAGUUGUCAGAUUCGAGCGAUCAUAUGCCUUGUCUACAGACUGAAACAAAACCGAAUAACGACGUCUCGCUGCCAGCCCAGAGCGAGCUGUCUGACUGCACUCGAAUGCAGGAAAACAGAGAGAAUCAGGAACUAAAGAGCGACCAGGAAACGGAGGAACAUGGUAAAAAACCUGAGGAGCCUGCGCAUGAGGACGGGAUCGAAAUCUCGAGUGAGCUGAAGUUGACAAACGAGAGCGAAGGGCAGACAUCCGUUCACAAAGUUGCACCAAAAAACAAGAGACGAAGACGGAAAAGAAGGGCGAGAUCUAAAAGGGUCGGUAAAAGAUCAUCAGGGCUGGCCUUAAAGAUAGUUUUGAAGAAGAAUCCGGUGAAGGAGAAGCAGUGGGUGUCGCAAAGCUCUUUGGCUCCAUUAGGAGGUGGCCCGUUGGGGGACUGUCCCAGACUGCCAAGUCCUCAUACAACAAUGGAGGAGACGCACCAGACUCGCCAGAACGGGCCGCUAUUUGAAGUACACCAGAAAGAAUGGACCAAAGCUUCCAAGGCUGACCUUGACGACCCCUCUGACGCCAUCACUUCCAGGCCCCAGACAAAGCCAGGGGAAGAGCUAACCCCCAGUUGUGCUGCAAGGCCAAUGGGGUCUAACAAUAAGGACGGGAACACAGCCGUCGCGCUUAAAGGCUUGCCGCCGACCCAUCGAGAAACGCCAGAAGACGCAGUGAAGUCACCGCAGUGUUCGGGAGCAGAAGUAGACGAGAGCUGUUCAGCUCUUAAGACAGGCCGGUCACAUUCGACGGCUGCAGCGGGGACUGAAGUAGAUACGUGGGCCGAGGACGCAUGGCUUCAAACGCCAGGCAGUGGUACAGACCAACGGGUGUCAGACGGUGAGAUGAGCUCAGCCGCCGAUGGAGUGACUCCUCGCAGCAGUUCUACCAAGUCCUCCCCUGUUUCCAUAUCUAUUAUUACAGCACAGGGAAAGGUAAACUCUGAAGAUGUAAUCCUGGUUCUCUCUGCAGAGCACGGUGAACAGAGUGUCCAGGGGGCCGUAGACGGAGGAGUGCCUGCUGACUCCUGCCCAGAUCUCCUCACCAACAGCCAACAGGAGCCCUCGCCAGCUUACAACCAUCAGUGGCAGCCGCUCCCAAAGCACCUGGAGAGGACCCUGAAGUUAGUCGCCAUAAAUCCAUCUCAGCCGGUGAAGCGCCCGAUGGGAGACCAGCCCGUCGUGGUGCUGAAUCAUCCAGACGCCAACAUCCCCGAGGUCGCCAGGAUCAUGGAGGUCAUCAACCGGUACAGAGGGGAGGUGCAGAAGGUCGUGCUGUCGCGGAGAACCGCCAACGCUCUCUCAGCCAUGUACGGCGAGGCCCCCGAGGAGAGCGACCCGGUGGACGCCCCAGUGGACCCCGAGCGGAUUCUGCGGGGCGCGUUGAUAGCUUUGUUCAGGAGAGGUUCCUGCUGAAGCUAAAGCUUCGCAGGUUGAGCAGGAAGAAGUACGAAGUGGUCGGCGCGGCCUCCCCCGGCAGGGACGCGGUGUCCAAAUUUCGCUGCUGGUUUUGCGGCAGGGUCUUCGCAUGUCGGGAAAGGUGGACUGCCCAUCGACAGCGACAUCUGAUGGAGUGGAAAAAGCCAAACUGUGAAAACUCUUAAAAUGUGUCGCACACACUGGAUGAAAAGCAAAAAAUACGUCUGGAAAAUGACUUUUGCAAUAUGACAAAAGAAUAAUGGAAAGAGUCCUCAUUUUUUUAUUAAAGUCUUAAAUCUAAUUUGUUGGUUUGAGGAGAAUUAAAAUCUGUAUCAGGCCUCCUGGAGGGUUCAUUCUCAGGGUAAACAUUUACCUUUUGUCUCUCUGCCCGUUGGAGUCGCUCGAUACAAACUCUUUGUAUAUUAGUGAAUAUCUGUAAAGCCACGAGAACGUGGUGUCCAUGAUUUGGUUCUUUUGUAUUGUUUGUAUUUUGUCUACGCAAUAGCUUUAUUUAAGGUGAUUUAAGUACACUGUCAUAUGGAAUAUUUUAUAGAACACUGUAAUAUGUAUAUUUGCCAUACCAUCUGAACUUUAUGAAUCAGUUUAUGUACGGGUAGGCUCUACGGUGUGGUAGCUGUCGUAUUUGUUUUCAAACGGGACGCAGAGACCCACAAAGCUACUCAGAUAUACCAAAACUGUGUGUUUCAGAAAAACAAAGAAAAUAAUAAGAAAAAAAAUAGACAAUAAGCUGUUUUAUUCAACAUUUAUUUAUGACUCUUAGUUUAAGCCUUUAUAUGCUUUUUCUUUAUUCUUUUAUUUUUAUUUGGGCCAUUGGAAGAAUCAGUGUAUUUGUAAAGAAAUGUUUGUACAAACUCCAAAUUAUGUUCAAAUAAUAGUAUUAUCUGUUCGAGGUAUAUUUUAUCAAGCAGAUGUCCCUAAAGACACGAUUAAUUUAAAAAAGUAAAAAUAGAAGUAAACCUGUGUUUUUUGAUGUCAAUGAAAUACUGGCUGAAUUGCUUUGAAUCUGAAUUUGAGAGGCCUGGUUAAUCAUGUUUGUUUUUCUUCUCAAUGAGUUUCCUCUUUUGACUUGAAAUGAUACCGUUAUCUUUUAAUUGCACUAUGAAAGGAGGAUUUAUAUUUCCCAUUACCUCACCUUUAUCAGGCCUAAGCUUUUGACAAUCUCAAACCAGUGUCCUACUGUGGCUCAACAUUUCCUUAUGUAGCCGGGAUCCCUUCAGUGUUCCCAGCAAGGGAACAGUGGCUCGUGUGUGUGUGUGUGUGUGUGUGUGUGUGCGUGCGUGCGUGCGAGAAUGUGUGUGCGUGCGUGCGUGUUAGUCAAGGACCAUUGGACAGAUGUACCUGUCCUGUAUACUGAUAUGUGUCCUUGUUUCUCAGUAACUCACUCUGUAUGUUUUUUCCAAUUUGGAUAAAAAGAUUUCUAAUUGUGUACAUAGUCCAAUAGAGGUACUGUAAAAUAUUACUGCAGAGUUUUCACCAAGUGCCUAGAAAUUCUUAUUAUGCAACAAAAUGUGAGUAUGAGAGCAUUACU